AUGAAGAAUUCCGUGCCCAUUCCAUCCGACGUGUGGGAGGAGAAGAAGGCCUUGAUUGCUGCUCUGUACAAGGACGAAGAAUGGCCGCUCAAGCAGGUCAUCAAGAAGAUCCGCUCAGAUAACUUUAACCCGAGCGAGACCCAGCUACGAAGCAGAUUGAAGAAGUGGCGUGUCACCAAACCCUCUCGCCAAACAAGAGAACGCACGAAAGAGAGUGUCCGCAGCCCUAAAGCCCGAAGUCAUUCCGAGAACACGAGCCCCAGCUCGACCAUAUCGAGACCGUCAGCGACAGGGGUUUCCAUGUCCGAGAUGGAAUGGUACAUGGCCAACAGGGCAUACGGGCCGCAUGGGUUGCCUACCGUCUGGGCGCCUGCUUCGAGUCAUUCGUCACCUAUAAGCUCGCCAGGGAAUUCCCGUGUCAAUUCACAUGCAUCAUUGGCAAUCCCCAGUUCCGCUUCCUUCGACUCAUCUCAGACGUCACCUUUGGAUACCGCUUUCGAACAGCUGGCAACGACACCCACUUUUGCAAAUUCUCCGUACGCCCUGGACACCGACUCAUGUUUGCAAACGCCCGUGUCAGCGACCACUGCGGCUCCGCCAGCCAUUGCCUACUGGUACCCAGCCUUUGAGACGAGUACUCGAGCUCCAUCGAUCUCAUAUUACACCACGGGUCCUCUGACUCCACCAAUUGAUUCCAUGAUGCACCUGCUCCCUCCACAGAUGCCCGAAUUCCAGGCCAUCAGACGUACACUGGCCUCUCCAUAUGAGCCAGAUCUCACUUCAGCAAAGGUACGGCAAUCGCAGAAGUCUCUUGAUAGGAAGGUCUCCCUUCCGCCGAAGAUAAGCACUAGCCAGUACUCAAGUGGCGUGGUCACGCCAACAUCUCCUUUCUUUCAAGGGCAAUUUUCUUGCCCUGAAUCUCUUGUGCAUCGAUCAAGUAUCGAUUUCUGA